CAACAAUAAACGGUAUUUUAUUCGUUCCAAACAGUUGGAGUAUCUAAACCCUCCUUGUACAACAGUUAUUUGGGCCAAUUCAGGCACUUCGAAAAGAUAAGCCGUCCAAUCGAUGACUUUCCUAAUAUGAAUGGACUUGAAAUAAAGUGGGUACGUGAAAAAUAUCCUUGGCAAGGAAUCAACAAUAUUUUAGUGGUAUUUCCAACUGAAAGCAAAAGCUUUGUGCCUCUUCUGGAAUCUAUACAUUGCAAGCUUUUCCAUUCUCAUGUCUCUGAGGCCUCCUCUAGAAUCCUCUUGCAGAUCCAUCUAUUAUUAGAAUUAAUAAUAAUAGCAGUGAAGCUCCAUGGAUCUGGAUGAAUGGAUUGUCAAGGUCAAGGAAGGACAGCAUCUCAUGGAAGACCAGCUCAAACUCCUCUGUGAAUAUGUCAAAGAAAUACUUGUGGAAGAAUCAAAUGUACAGCCUGUGAAUAGUCCAGUGACUGUUUGUGGAGAUAUCCAUGGCCAGUUCCAUGAUUUAAUGAAGCUUUUCAAGACAGGGGGUCAUGUGCCAGAAACCAACUAUAUUUUUAUGGGGGAUUUUGUUGAUCGAGGCUACAACAGUCUUGAAGUAUUUAGUAUUCUUUUGUUAUUAAAAGCAAGGUAUCCAGCACAUAUAACUCUUCUCCGAGGUAAUCAUGAGAGCAGGCAAAUCACACAGGUCUAUGGGUUCUAUGAUGAGUGCCAGCGUAAAUAUGGGAAUGCAAAUGCAUGGCGUUAUUGCACGGAUGUAUUUGAUUAUCUCACUCUCUCUGCAAUAAUUGAUGCAAGGGUACUUUGCGUGCAUGGAGGGCUUUCUCCCGAUGUACGAACAAUUGAUCAGAUGAGACUCAUUGAGAGGAAUUGUGAAAUACCACAUGAAGGUCCCUUCUGUGAUCUAAUGUGGAGUGAUCCAGAAGAAAUUGAAACUUGGGCAGUCAGUCCUCGUGGUGCUGGGUGGCUUUUUGGAUCUCGAGUUACAUCUGAAUUCAAUCAUAUCAAUAACCUAGAACUUAUUUGCCGAGCACAUCAACUGGUUCAGGAAGGUCUUAAAUAUAUGUUUCAGGACAAGAGUUUAGUGACGGUAUGGUCUGCACCAAACUAUUGUUAUCGUUGUGGAAAUGUUGCCUCAAUUUUGAGCUUUAAUGAAAACAUGGAAAGGGAUGUAAAUUAUUUCACUGAAACUCAGGAGAACAAUGCCAUGAUGGGCCCAAGAAGUGGGGUUCCAUAUUUUUUGUAGAAUCAAUUUAUACCUUUCUACAGCUUGAAGAGGUGACAGUUAGGCUGAGGCCAUUCAGUCUCACCUCAAAUAAAAGAGGCUAAUCAUUGAGAUAUUGAAGUGACUGGUAACUAAAUGGUUGUAUUUUAGUGUACAUUUGUUUUGGGAGACUGGUUUUGCUCAUAAAUGUCAUCCAUAUUGACUUUUUUCAAAUUCA